UAAUGCUAGGCCGUGUAAAAUUACCUACCUAUGUACGAAUUACCAAUCGUGCAAUGGCUAAAAUAGCCAUGAGCAGACAGGAGCCCCAUACUGAGCUGUCAUAUGACCGUCUACAGAAGAAUCUAGAGGUUGUGAAGAAACGUUUGGAUCGACCUUUGACCUAUUCAGAAAAGGUGCUCUACAGUCAUUUAGAUGAUCCUGCUGGCCAGGAUAUUGAGCGUGGAGAGAGUUAUUUGAAACUGAGGCCUGAUCGAGUUGCUUUGCAAGAUGCAACGGCACAAAUGGCAUUGUUGCAGUUCAUUUCAAGUGGACUUCCCAAGGUAGCGGUUCCGAGCACAAUUCAUUGUGAUCAUUUGAUUGAAGCGCAACUAGGCGGCGAGAAAGAUCUGGCGAGAGCUAAAGAUGUAAACAAAGAAGUGUACGAUUUUCUGGCUUCUGCUGGCGCGAAAUAUGGACUAGGAUUCUGGAAACCGGGAUCCGGAAUUAUUCAUCAGAUCGUCUUGGAAAACUAUGCGUUUCCAGGUGCACUUAUAAUCGGAACCGAUAGUCAUACGCCAAAUGGUGGCGGUCUCGGGUCCUUGGCAAUUGGCGUGGGUGGAGCAGACGCUGUGGAUGUAAUGGCCGAUAUACCGUGGGAACUGAAAUGCCCCAAGGUCAUCGGAGUUCAUUUGACCGGAGAAAUGUCUGGAUGGACUGCAGCAAAGGACGUUAUCCUAAAGGUGGCUGGUAUCUUGACAGUAAAAGGGGGGACUGGAGCCAUUGUUGAGUAUUUCGGACCAGGAGUGAAAAGCAUAUCGUGUACUGGAAUGGGCACAAUCUGCAAUAUGGGUGCAGAAAUUGGAGCUACUACUUCGGUUUUCCCUUACAAUGAGAGAAUGGACGAAUACUUGAAGGCAACCAACCGAGCUGACAUUGCUAACUUGGCCAGAGAUAAUUACAAUUUACUGUCUCCAGAUGCAAAUUGCAGAUACGAUGAAGUCAUUGAGAUCAACCUCAGCGAACUUGAGCCACUUAUUAAUGGACCUUUUACUCCCGAUCUUGCAACGCCUAUUUCGAAGCUAGGCAAAACCGCAAAAGAAAACGACUGGCCUCUAGACAUAAGUGUGUCGCUAAUUGGAAGCUGCACAAACUCAAGUUACGAAGAUAUGAACCGGUCGUCGAGCAUUGCAAAACAGGCACUGGACAAAGGUGUGAAAUGCAAGACUCACUUUACAGUGACGCCCGGAUCUGAACAGAUCAGAGCCACAAUUGAGCGUGAUGGACAAGCAAAAUUACUCGCUGAAAUCGGAGGUGUGGUCUUGGCGAACGCUUGUGGACCAUGCAUCGGUCAAUGGGACAGAAGUGGAACUGACGGAAAGAAGAAGGGAGAGAAGAAUACCAUCGUCACAUCAUACAACAGAAACUUCACUGGAAGGAAUGAUGCCAACCCGGCUACACAUUGUUUUGUCGCGUCACCUGAAAUUGUAACCGCGUUGUCUCUUGGAGGUACUUUGGAGUUCAAUCCAAUGACCGAUGAGUUGACUGCUGCUGAUGGGUCAAAGUUCAAGCUGCAGCCUCCUAGUGGAGAUGGCCUACCAUCUAAGGGAUUCGAUCCCGGACUUGAUACAUACCAGGCUCCUCCUGAGGAUGGAUCAGGUCUAAGUGUCAAUGUUGACUCCGAAUCACAGCGGCUACAACUUCUGUCGCCCUUUGACAAGUUUAGUCCCAAGUCGUAUGAAGACAUGACAGUGCUCAUCAAAGUCAAGGGAAAGUGCACGACUGAUCACAUAAGCGCUGCUGGUCCCUGGCUCAAAUACAGAGGACAUCUGGACAACAUCUCGAAUAACUUCAUGAUCGGAGCUAUCAACUCCGAAAAUGACGAGGCCAAUAAAAUCACAAACCGACUGACCGGAGAGAUGGGCGCUGUUCCAGACGUAGCUAGAUAUUAUAAGGCACAGGGUGUUAACUGGGUUGCGGUCGGAGACGAAAAUUACGGAGAGGGAUCUAGUCGAGAACAUGCAGCUCUUGAGCCUCGACAUUUGGGAGGACGAGCAGUCAUUGUGAAGAGUUUCGCCCGAAUCCAUGAGACCAACUUAAAGAAACAAGGCCUCUUGCCCCUGACAUUCAAUGACCCCGCUGAUUAUGACAAGGUCAAGCCAGAUGACAAAAUUACUCUCAAAGAUGUCGAGAAAUUGACACCAGGAAAGCAAGUAGAAGCUGAGCUAAAACACUCGGACGGAAGCAAGCAAGUCAUUAAGCUGAACCACACAAUGAACGCCAGUCAAAUCGAAUGGUUCAAAGCAGGUUCCGCUUUAAAUAGAAUGGCGAUGAAGUAAACUUUACAAUGCGUAUCUGGAGUGAAAUAAAUUGUACAUUGAAACACUUAAGUUUACUAAUGGCACUGAGACUAGAAUAUUAAUAAUAUAACCAUCGGUCCAAGUUAUCUUUUAAUACUUGUAUCCAUGAAUUGUUUGCGGUAAUAACUUCAUUAAAUGCCGUUGAAUUUGUACAGUUCGACAGAUACAAGUCUAUAUUUUAGCUUUGAAUUAACCAUUGUUUUUGAA